AUGGCGGACCCAAGUGAAUCAACACCUCAUGGCUUAUAUCUGACAGGCAACUUCGAAAUUGAGAAGAAGUUUCUCAAAUUCGAAAUGCAGACCUCACCUGAGAAUGGUUGGAGAUCAGAGUAUCAAACUUAUGCGACCUACAUUGGGGCUGGCGGUGCACAUCGAAAAAGAACCAUGAGUUACAAAAUCCAAAUCAAAGGUUAUAGCCCAGCUCAAUUCAGAUUGGAUGACGGGAAUAUUUAUUUUUUAAGAGGCUCCUUCUUCCCAUCCAAUACUGACGAAACCAAGAACGACAUCCUGUUUUUUGAGGGGUCUGAACGUAUCUUAAUUGGCCCUGCGGACACCAUUGUAGGUGACUUGGUGAAUUCUAUCGCAGUCACUGGAGUUGGGAUUGUGACAGCUAAAGAAACAAUCCCCAAGCCUAACGUCACCAGCACAUUGCCAAACCCUGCCGACGGGGAGAAGUUGGUUACAAUUGUAACCGUUCUUCAUUCAGACUAUCACCUGACUUUGAAGAAAGCAAGACAGUUCAAAGUCCAGUACCGUAUCCCUCCGACCCCCAACUUAGCUGGCAUUCAAAAGAUACUCCAAGAGGGGCGUGAAUACGUAUUUCAUGGUUUCCUCAAAGAUUUUGAUGAAGAAAAGUGUCUUUACAUAAUAAUGGCAAACAAAAUUUCGCCAACUACUGGAAGCAAAGAAUAUAAUGUCGGUGUCCAAUCUACAGAUGCCACACAAGAUAAUAUGAAUUCAAGAUUGUCAAGCAAGAAACCUACAAAGUUUGUACCGAGGGCCCUGACUAGCCAAUUCAUGUCACCCGUUAUCUCGACGGACUCUGAAUCUAGCUUGAACUUACAAUUCCCGCCAUCUGACUUCGGGCCUUCUUCCUUCUCCUCCGCGAUGUCAAGCACAACACCUGGAACCUCUAAUGGCUCCUCUGACAAUGCGCUGUCUAAUGAGAACCCAAACCCGCCCAGCAAAAAGAAAGGUCGAGCUCAGCCAAAGCGUGUUACAAAGAAGAGUAAAACAAUGGACUUUACUAUCGAGGAGUAA